UAUCUUCUUAAUGUGUGCAAUGCCCAUUUUGCCUUUAUACCCACGGGUUACCCAUGUUUUACCCAAUUUCUAUAUACUAAAGUACCUAUGUUAUUUAUCCUGGGCGACCCGUUUACAACCUCUUAACCGGCUAGAUAACCAACUGAUACAGUACCUUGCCAGCUUCUUCUGUUCAAAUCCGAAUUUUUCAACAACCUACAUCGGUGCCCUAACUUCCUCUCUCUUUCCUUAUCUGUUAUUCAAGAUUCAGCCUUUCAUUCUGACAUUGAAGUCGAGCGCAUGUGAGCCCUAACGCUGGCGUUCUGAGAUGCCGUUUUUCAGGCUUCAAGUAUCGUGAUCAAGCAGAGGUUGUCAGGUGUUGUUGAGCUUUAUUCGCUAGGCGAGGUCUCCGCUAGCUGAUUCGGAAAAAGGACAAGCUUCUCGAAAUGGCAGUUCUUCAAAAAGAGUUGUGAUCACAAGCAGCAAUAGACUGAGGCUCACCUUCAACGACGAGCAGGGAAUCAUGGCGUGGCUCUUCUGGUGAAUUUGCCGAGGGAUUCUCAAGCCGGUUGGUAGCAAGCCUCGGUCGAUUGUCUACUUCGCAGAGGGUUCAAACUUAAAAUUCUGGAGUUGCUCAUUGAUGUUGGCAUAAGUGGAUGAGCAUAACAGAUUAGAAAGAUUUUCAGGACUCUACAAAUUCUUUAUUACUUUUCUUAUUUCACAUUAUUGUUUUAUUUUGCAGCUAAUAAUUGCAACAAAACCGGAUCCAGAGCAUAUGAGAAAUCGCCAAAAAUUGUAACUGAAGACAACAUCAAGUUACUUUUUUUAAUACAGAAAAAGGUUGAUGCAAUCCAAGCAAAUUAUUCUGUCUUACUAAUAUCACUAACGGACAUAUGCAUGAAGCCGUUACGCCAGGAUUGUGCAACUCAAAGUGUGCUGCAGGUGCUUAAGGAUGCAAAUGGUCUUGAUAUUGUUGCAGAAGAUGAGUCAGCAGGGGAAGUUGAAGCGGGUGGCUGGGUUCAUCUUGGUCCAGAACAUGGAGUAGGUGUUGUCCCAAAAAUGGUCGGGAUGCAUUGUUUCAGAAGAUGAACCACUGGAAGUAGUUGUUUGAAGGUAGUCUUUGGUGACUUUGAGGACAGUCUUUGAUGUAGUAGUCAGGCUCCCGGACGGAGGGAAUGGGAAGGCAAUAUCAACCUCAAUAUCCAAAUCAAGAAAAGUAUAAGUGGUCAUCAGAAAUCCUUCCUUCAGUGUACAUGUUUGAUAAAAUUCUUAACAAAGGUAUGUUAAUUUAUUUGUCUUUCUUAAAGUCUAUUGUCUUAUAUUUGUUUGUGAUGAUUUGGCAGAAAAGGCAUAUGAGCAAUACACACUAAUCAGAAAUCCGAAGGCAGACACUGGAUACAUCUUUGCAGUAUGUAUUUCGGACUUUUAAACGUACCUCAAGUCCUUUUUAAUUAUGUUAGUUGGCAGGUGCAAAGAGAUCCGGUCCUCCUUGAGCAAACCUAAAUUGAGAAAAUGGACUAGCUGCUGAAGUUAUUCAGAAGAUUGAAAAUGUGCACCCCAAUUCACAUACCACAUGUGCGGGUACUAAUGGUCGGAAGAGGAACAAAGAAAAUCAAUCAGAUGCUUCACUUGCUGGUAUUCGUCAACAAGGUUCUGGAAAUGCUCUGGAUUUGUUCCUACAAAGACGCGCUGAAAGUAUUAAGAGAUCCAGGACCAUCGGCACUUCGUCAGAGUUCGACAAAAACAGCACAGGCUUCAGAGAGUAUACAGGUGGAAGGGCGCUGGAUUCAUUUCUACAAAAACGUGCCGAUAACAUCAAGAAAGCUGGAACCAAUCCUCCAGGGUUUGCCAACGUCGAAGGCUCUCUUAAAGAGAAUGGAGGUGACACAAUCAAUGCGGCAACAAAUCAGGACUCCCAUUUUUUGAAUUGCAAGGUGAAAUUAUGAGAGGACAAUGACUGAUGAAUUCAAAUUCCCAGGUCGUAAAAGGAGCAACGAGAAUCAUCCUAGCAGCUCUUUCUCUGGCAUUGGAGAGCAUGCAGGCGGAAGGGUGCUGGAUUCAUUUCUACAAAGACAGUGCCGAGAACAUCAAGAAGUCCAGGACCAAUUCUCCAGGGAUUGCCAAUGUUGAAAGCUCUCUUAAAGAUAAUGGAGGAUACAGUCGGUCUUCGCUGUCUAAAGUUGUUCAGAAUUCACCCUAUGCGUUCUUAGUGGAAACCACAAACAAAGUUUGCAAAGAUAUUCCGCAGUCUGGGACCCAACUUCGUCGGAAUUAUGGACAUGAUAUCACCUCCCAGAUAACAAACAGAGGUCUUGAACGUACUCCGCUUAGUGUUACAGGAGGUAGUACGCUGUCACUGAUAGCAACGAGUAUCGGCGAGAGGUCCACCCCCGGCACAUCCCUGACUAAUGAGACCACUAAGACAACAGGACGGAGAGGACGUGUUCCUUGUGGAAAUCUGCACCGGGCUCAUAAUUUCUUAAUAGAAAUCAAUAAUUAGUCAAAAAUUUAUUCAUUGUAAUCAUCUGGUGUAAUUUGAAUUCUAAAAAUAUUAUUAUUUGACAGAACAUCCCGAAUUUGGACGCGCGGAAAACUGAUUUCGUCUGAAUUGAUUGCACAUUGCUGGAACACUUUAGUUUGAGACUUUUACAAAUGGAACAGGGUUGUUGUAAGAUACUUGGAUAGCUCCUGCUUUACUGGCGACAGGCUAUAACUGGGGACUCCGUAGUUCUAGAAUUUGGGAAGACCAGAUCUGCUCUUGAAGAUAGUCUUAGGCGGGUAGAAGAUAUAGUUCCACAAGCUAUCUGUUGUCAGAUUUUGGAGAUUUUAAGCGAAAUCCAGGGAAUUGACUUCUUAGCUGAUCCGUUGGAUAAGCAGGUGGGGGAUGAUAUAAUUGGAUUGCUCCAACAAGGCAAAAAAAUUCAACAGUGGCUGUUCCACAAUUUUAGCCGUGAAAUAUGCUUCCAUUGAAAUUUCAAAAUCCUAUAUGCCAUGAUUUUAGCCAUAAUUUCUGUUAUGAAAUUGUUCUCCAUGUCUCGCACUCUUUCUUCUCUAAAAUUUAAAUUUCACCGAAAUCAAUUCAACACAUCGGUGAUCCUAAGUCUUCAAUGGAGCAUAAAUGUGUGUAUUUCUGAUUUGUGAUGAAAUAUAAAGGUGUGUAUUUUUCUGAUUUUCGCGUGCAUUUGGGUCCCCUGUCUUCUUCUUCAAAACGUACUGGUGAGUUUGGCCUCUUCUUUAAAUUCCUAUUUCUGUAAAUAAAUUGUCUGAAUCAAAUGAUUGAUAUGACACUGAUUUCCCAAUCACUCUGCUUGACCCAUCCUUUAUACGAGGCACAACAGGAUUUUGCAUUGAUUUCUGCUUACAGAAAAUUUCAUCUAGAAGCUUAAAUUCUGACUUUGUAUGUGUAGUACCAAAUGAUUUAGAUAUAAUCAGGGCACCUCUGAAAUGAUUUAGAUAUAAUCUGUGGUUUUGGACAAUGUUACUUACCUGGUUCCUGUCUCAAGAGUGACAGAUCAUUUUUUUUUUGUUUUUUGUUUCGAUCCAUCGAAUGCCCCCAUACUGUCUCAUGUGCAAUCUCAUGUGAAUUGUAGUACCACACGACUCUAAGAGUAUUGAUUUUUUUAUUGUUUUUCAGGAUAAAUAAAGAAACAGAUGGUUUCGAGUUUCUGAUACACAAAUAUUUUAGAGUGGCUAAUUCACACACGAAAAUUUAUGCAUCACUAACACUGCAAUUUCAAAAUUUUGAAUUGUAGCCGGAAAUGUAUUUGCGCUAUUUGGACUUAAUAUAAUUAGAUAUUGUAGAACCUGGCAAGUUGUUUUUGUAGCCUAAACCAGAGUGAAUAGUAUAAGCAAACUUAUUUAAUAGACAGAAGGGUGGCGUGGCAUGCUUGAGGAGCUCUAUCAAUAUUUCUCUUUAUUCACAUAAUUCCUAUUUUUUCUGCUUCCCCAUAUUUAUGUUCCUAAUAUCUAUAUUCAUUAAUUUUAGCUAUUCCUAGAGUUACUAGGCGGGGAAUUUCAGAGGUAUGUGCAAUUACACCCGUUCAGAUAACUAAAGACCUAUCAACUGCUCAGCAAAGGUGGGAGUCAUAAACACAAAAGAUGGCAACUAAUAAGUCUUGUUUGGCAUUCCCAUAACAUAUAUAUGGCAAGGAAAGAUGGUGAAGAUUUUUAUGUUGAUAUUGGUGAUUCAGAGUCUGGGAAAAAUGUAGCACGUGAAGAUAUGUCGUCUAAAGACAUGUUGGAUACAGGAAAUGCCAUGGAAGCUUUAACCAGAGUGGACUUGGACUUGGCAUACUCUUCCGAGAAAUCAGUUAAUCUAGACACACUUAUGAUGCAUGUUUGGGCAUGGGAAAAAGAAUUUGAAGCUCUGGCUACAGAUGAUAUAUCUGUUGAUUGCAUAGAGAAAGCAUUGGCAUAUGAUUUCUUUUCGGGUAUCUUAGAAUCAGAGUGGAGGUUAAAUUGUACAUUCUGGCGAGUCUCUAAAGCAAUCACAGGAGAAUGCACUGGAAAUGAAGAUGCAGUUAACCAAGUUGCAAAUGACAUCCCUGGCGUUCAAUCCAACCUAUUGGAAAUAUAACAGUAACACAGGUUUGCCAGAUGAUUCUCAAGGGUCACUUAUGAGGCCACAAUUGCAAACAGCUGAACAGAGACAUGUUUUAAGAAUGUUGGAAAAGUCUCUUGCAUGAGAGCUUGAUUUUGAGAAAAAGCUAACAGCACUUAAACAAAAUGAAGAAGAUUUGAAAUUGAAGCUACAACUAACCGAGCAGGUAUCAGAUCGAGAUCAUGAACCAGUAAAAAUUGUGGAGAUCAUGGAACAUAAUGAAGUGAUGCAUGGUAAAACAAUGCAAAUAAGGCAUCAGAAAGAUCAGCAACAUCCUUUGGUGAUUUAUUUGUAGUGGUUUUUUUUUGAUUGAUUUAAUGAGUAUCUGAACUUGAACCAAACUCUUGAUAAUCAAAAAAACUAUGUAUAAUAUUUAUCUACAUUUUAUGGUUUA